UUCCUAGGCUGGCGCCACACCCAAACUGCAGCACUCUCUCGGGUUCCAUCCCAGGAAUGGGCUUCCCCAAGCACGCCUCUCUGGUUCUGACAUGAGUUCCGGCUGCCUGCUGAGUCCACUGCUGGCUGUCAGGAGCCAGUCGCCGGAGAGCCCUGAGGAGUAGCCACUCAGCAGCAGCAGCAGCAGCAGCAGCCGACACCUGGAUCCACCAUGAACUGGGGGAUCUUCGAGUCGCUCCUAAGUGGGGUCAACAAGUACUCCACGGCCUUCGGGCGCAUCUGGCUGUCCCUGGUCUUCAUCUUCCGGGUGCUGGUGUACUUGGUGACAGCGGAGCGUGUGUGGAGUGAUGACCACAAGGAUUUCGACUGCAACACCCGCCAGCCAGGCUGCUCCAACGUCUGCUUUGACGAGUUCUUCCCCGUGUCCCACGUGCGCCUCUGGGCCCUGCAGCUCAUCCUUGUCACGUGCCCCUCACUGCUGGUGGUCAUGCACGUGGCCUACCGGGAGGCGCGGGAGAAGAAGCACCAGGAGGCAGUGGGGGAGGAGGGCGGGCGCCUCUACCAGAACCCCGGCAAGAAGCGGGGUGGGCUCUGGUGGACUUAUGUCUUCAGCCUGGUGUUCAAGGCCGGCAUAGACAUCACCUUCCUCUACGUGUUCCACUCAUUCUACCCCAGAUACACCCUACCCCCGGUGGUCAAGUGCCACGCGGCCCCCUGUCCCAACAUCGUGGACUGCUUCAUCUCCAAGCCCUCGGAGAAGAACAUUUUCACCCUCUUCAUGGUCGUCACAGCCGCCGUAUGCAUCCUGCUCAACCUCGUGGAGCUGGCCUACCUGGUGAGCAAGAGGUGCCGGGAGUGCAUGGCUGCAAGGAGAGCCAGGAUGGCUGGCGCCUCUCCCUGCAAACAGCAGGACCUCCUGUCCGGGGACCUCAUCUUCCUGGGCUCAGACGCUCCCCCUCCUCUCUUACCAGACCUCGCUCGGGACUAUGUGAAGAAAACCAUCCUGUGAGGGGCUGCCUGCGCUGGGCUGGCCGGGUGGGCCCAGCAUCUGUCACGGGUGCAGCCUUGGCGGUGGGAAGGGAGCUCCCGCCACCUGCCCAGCUGUGUGGCCUUGGGCACUUCCGUUUCCUUUGGUGUAAAAUGGAGAUGGUGGCGCCACCUCAUUGGAUGGUUGCUAUGAGGGAGAGUUUCAUUAGAGAACAGAUGUGCAACCCACUUUCGUGUGUGGGACCCAUGGCUAGGGAUUAAUAAAAGUCCACUCCUCC